AUGAUUGCCGCAAUCUUCCUGAUCCUCAUUACCCUCCUUGUGCCACCGAUCGGUGUCUACAUCGUCGCAGGCUGCGGAGCUGACCUCUUGAUCAACAUCUGCCUCACACUACUGGGAUACAUCCCCGGCCACAUCCACGCCUUCUACCUCGAAUACGUUUACUUCGAUCGCCGAGAGCAAGCUCGUGAGGGUCGCUUCACUGCUGCUCGUGCCCCAGGCGUCUACAGCGAGCGGGUACAGAGCGGAGGCAAUGGAUACGGAACGAUCGUACAACCAGUCCAGUGA